CUAAUAAAUCUUGCCAAUAAUCCGCAACGAGAGAGCUCAUCACUCGGCUUUUCUUUCGGCAAACAUGGGCAAAGGGCACGCCGCGUCCACCCCCCGUCGGGGUUGCAACGAAACGCCGGGCCCUUUACAAAGUGUGGCUUUCACACCACCGAAGCGAAAGGCUUGCGAGCUGGCAGACACUCCUCGUCCGGCGAAGAGGAUAAAGGGGGAGAAAGAGCCCAAGCAGAAGCACCAGAAAGACCUACUGGACGAGUCUGCGUCGAACCCGCAGCUUGCGACUUGCGAGCGGACAACUCCGUUUAAACGGAACGACAAGCACACCACCGUUAAAAAACCGAGAACAGAGCAACGAAAAAGCCAUAUUCCGGGGUUGGUAGAACGGAAAGUGGCGAAGAGCACGGGUUCAGCGAUUAUCAAGCGAUUGCCGGGAGAUGAUCACGAUGGUCUUGGGAAUGCCGACGCGUCGGGAAAGGCUGUUCCGACGCAAAGCAGAAAAGAACGUAAAGGCCCGGGAAGCGGACCUUCAGAAUGGUGCAAGCUCAAGACAAUGAUAGACGAGACAGUGAGCAGCGGACCUUCAGAGUGGUGCAAACUCAAGAGGAAGAUCGAUGAGACAGUGAGCAGCGGACCUUCAAUGUGGUGCAAGCUCAAAAGGAAGAUUGAUGAGACAGUGGACAAAGUCACGAUGACGAGCAGCGAACCGUUUGAGACGGAGGAUGAUGGCACAAAGAAGGCUUUGCAUAUUCAGAAGUGCCAAAAGAAUGGACCUGGCAAGGAGGCGAUGACGUGUAGUGAUGAAGCAGUCUGCAAACUCCCAGAGGAUCGUCUAUUGAGAAAGGGCGAAGACACGGAAGGCUUGGGCCAUUACCGCCGCAUGGUGCAAGCUGGGAAAAGCCCUGGUGACUUUGGUUGCCCGAAAGUCUGGUGUCAAAGCCGCCAAGAACUCUGCGAGGGGUACGCGUUGGACAAGAGGUUCAUUCAGUAUCAAUCAGGAUUCCAGUUUCGAAAACUCCCACUUGACGACCCUGUCAAUCCGAACGCGCGGAUCGCUACGGCCAUCUUGCUCGCAGGAUCCAUUGCCCCACGCGAUAUUUUCAAGCGCAGGGUCUUCAUCACGCACGGCGGCGGGAAGAAUGCCUGCGAUAAAGAAAGGAAGAGGGCUAACGUGUGCAUGUCGCUAGCAACGUCGCAGGAGGAAACGGAUCAUAACAUUGAAUCGUUGAUCAAUGCCAUGAAAGGCGGCCAUUCCGUCAUGGUCAUCGUGAGCCAAGACUAUUUUCUGAAAGAAGUGUUGCCCGACGGACUGACCUACGCAGUGCUGGGGUACUAUCGUAUCACCCAUAUAUGGAGGGAGAAAGAGGGUCAGAAUGUUCGGAUCAAGUUGCGCUAUGAGCUCGUUCCGGAUCAGGCGUCGAAUGUGUGGCAUGUGAAAGCGAAGAAGUUGAGAGAUUCAAAAAGGACGACUGGGAGCCUUGAUUAUUGUUGCCCCACAUGCAAGGAAGUGUCCCCAAAAGUUUACACCGAGCAAGUGUGCCUCAGACACCAAUGUGAAGCAUUCUGGAAAGCUGUUUCGGGUGUGGAUGUUGCAGAAGGGAUGGAUUUGAGACAUAACCGCGACUUCCUUCGGCCUAUGCUGUCGAUGAAAAGCACAUGUACUCCUCCAUCGGUCGUACCGCUGCAACCGUCUCCAUCUCAACAGGCACGAACGUCCGCCUGUGAGUGGUGCAACCGCUGUGGCCGAUUAUCACGAAGGAUUUUCUCGAACAAAUGGGUGUGUGAAACUUGUGAGAACGAGGUAUCUUUCACCCUCCCCGUCCUCCCCCUGUCCGCCGCAAUCCGUCUGCCCGUCGACAAAAAGGAGCGCUUCAACUGCUUCCAAGUCCUCCCAGGCAGCAACAUCAAAGGAUACCUGGUCGCGAUACCGCCGGAACCAGCAUGCCGGAUGUCUGGAUGGUUCAAGGUGGUCUACACCCUCCCUGAGGGCGGCGAGAUUCAUCAUAUGCUUGCACCGAAAGAUGGUCAUGCUGAUGUGGAUAAGCUGUAUAAGGAGCUACAGGAAGGGGAUUUGGAGUAUCAGAGGAUGCCUGUGAAAUCUCGCAUUGGCAAGCUAGUCACUUCAAACUUCGUUCUGAACAGCGGCGAAAAAUACUAUCAAGCAUCGGUUUUGCCUUCUCGACCCAUGGAAGCAAACACGAAAGUGGAGAAAGCAGCGAUCGCCAUGUUGCAGGAUGCCGCGAAGGAGUUCGGGACCAAGUACAAUCAGAGUCAUAAGAACCUUACAUUGGCGGACGAUGUCAAAUGGAUGAAGUGGCACGAUGAUGGAGAAAAAACAGUCUUCGGCCCCGUUUCGGCGCUCAGCAUGGGCUCCGAUUGUAUCUUUUCGUUCCGGACAAAGCCGACAUGCCGUGACACUGCCCCGAAUGGCGUUGGGCCUGGACGACAGGUCUUGAAAUUGCGUUUGAGACAUGGGGAUAUCCUUAUUAUGGUUGGGAAGAAAGUGCAGGCGAACUACGAGCAUUGUGCAAAGCCUCAGGGUCACCGGAUCUCUGUCACGGCACGAACCGUUAUCAACCCCGACACAAUCAUGCCGAAGACUCAGCGCCGUGCACUGGACAAACUGGAAGCGAUCUACAAAUCGCCGACGGAGUCGGUUCCAAAAGGAGUGCUGAUCUUCGAUGGACGUGAGAAAGUGAAAGGGAAGAACGCUACUUCAACCGAAACCUUAUCGGUCUCGCCACCGACAGUAGACAUGAUACCGCUCACAGAUGAUAGUUUGGCUAUGCAGUUGGCAAGGCAGCUCGCCGGAUGCCAGGACACUCCCCCACCGAAAGAAACACAUAUGUCCUACGACCAGGUCAAAACCGAACACAUCACUGGGGACAGCAACUCUACCCGCGAAACCAUAGAGAUCGAACGCACGGACAUUUCAAUCACUGUCAACGCGACGAAGCGGCCAGCGGUAGCAAGAGGACCUGGUGGGACACCACAACGCAAAAAAUACAAGGUCGCGAGUCCAAGCAGUAUUUCCCGGAAUAGCAUGGAUAAGCUCAAGACCACGCAUUGCCGGUACCCUACAGCGGGUUGCAAGAAGGUUGUGGAGACGGAGGCCGAUGAAUGGGUUCGUGUAGAUGGAUAGAUGUCUGGUUGUGGCGUACGUCAGCUGGCUUUGCAUGCAGCCGUGACGGGUGGGUUAACACGGUCUAUUUUAGCUUAGAUAUCGAGCCUUCUUGCAGAUGCUUCUCCUUCUCGUGCUUCUACAUAGCAUCAUGCCUCGUCUCGAUGGAAAGUUUGUAUAUGCACAUGCAGCCUUUGAUUUGAAUACAGUGC